CAGAGAUCGCGCGCUGUAAACACAGGACCGGCUGCUGUUUCUAUUUUAACCUCUCUUUUUGCGUUCUCCGAACGUGACGCCAUCACUGGGUUGGCGUUGAUAAAUACACUGUGGUUCAGGCCUCCAGGAAGGGAGCGAUAGGGAGCAAGAGUCUGUUAAAUUUUCUGGCUGUUGCUGCUUACGGGUGCCGCAGAAAGCAGUCUCUCUUCUCCAAGUUUGCCAGGGGCCAGCGAGCCCUUCGUUGCUGGGGCAGCAGCUGCUGUGUCUUGGCUUCUGGCCCUGCCUCGUUCAGCUGAUGUUGUUCAGACCCUGCUGAGCCGCCUGGGCUGCGCAGUGCGUUAAGCACCUGGGGUUUCGGAGCUGUUUUGGGCUGCUCUAUUUCUCCUUCAAACGAGUUUCAGGGGAAUCUUUAUAAUUGAAAGGGAAGAGGUGGAACAGCCCCAUGAGUUAACAGGCUGCCUCAUGGCUCGGUGCUGGCAGGAAAGUUCCUGCCUCCGUCCGAUCGAGGACAGGGUCAGGUUUAUUUCUCAGCUGCAACCGAGCUCGGAGCGCUGCAUGCUGGACUCCUGUAGGUUGCCUGAGCACGUCUCAGCAUCAGGGUUUCGUUCCUGUGGCUGCAGUUCAUCCGUUGUUCAGCCCCGUGCGGAGGGAGUCUGGGAGCUUCUUGUCAGUUCAGAUUACUGUCUUUUUAAUGGCGGAGAGUCCUGUUUAAGCCUGACUGAUCCAGGCAGCUGCUGGGCUAUUUCAGCUCACAAGAUCUCCACAAAGUGUAUUAAAUCAGCUCGGCGAUUCAGAGGUGCCCUCUCAAAGCAGGCAGGUUCCCCGAGCUGAGUGUGCUCUGCAGCAGGGCAGUACGACGCGCUGUCUCGUGCUGCAGAGCCACCGGAAAACGCUUCUGGGUCUGAGGAGCAGCAGCUGAGGCUUUGUCAGAGGCUUGUGGAUGGCUUUUAAACAGCUGCUGACUUAUUCACGGGCGAUAUUGGAAAGGAGGCAGAGCUGCCUGCUUGGCCUGUCAGCGGACUGCAUGAUGUGCCGACCUCGCAUCAGCCUCUUCUCUUGGUGCUGGAUCCUUUUAGCGCGGAGAGCCAGAGCAAGGACAGCGAGUGGCUGCACGGGUUAUUCUGUACCUCUGGGGCAUCCAGGUUUCUUUAAGAAUUGCUUGGGGAUGAAUAAUUAAAUCGAUGUAUUUCUUAGCUCUAGAUCAGCUGGGAAGGGAGCAGAUGCACGUGCUGUCAGGCACUUCCCCUUUGCGAGGAUGUCAGCCUGAGUGUGAACUCUUUGUGGCCAGAAGCAUCUCUUUGGUAUUUGCGCAGCACUGAGCACGAGGAGCCCUGGCUGGCGCCACAUCCAGCCUCAUAACAAACCUCGUGGGUUGCACAGGAGCGUUAUGUAUCCAGGAUGUCUAUUAAUAAACAUUUUGUAACGGGGCCUCGCUGGCUCAUCAGCUGGAAGCAACUGGCCGGAGGAUUGCUUCCGCUGCGGCGCAGAGGCCGUGAUGGAAACAGGCCAAGAACAGGUGGGUUCGCUAAUCCUGGCUGUGGUUUCCUGUGUUUCUGCAGGGAGCAGAUGUGAACUGCAUGCAUGGCACCCUGAAACCGCUGCACUGCGCGUGUAUGGUGGCUGACGCGGACUGCGUAGAGCUGCUGCUGCAGAAGGGAGCAGAGGUUAAUGCCCUGGACGGCUACAACCGAACCGCCCUUCACUACGCCGCAGAAAAGGACGAGACCUGCGUCGAGAUCCUCCUCGAAUACGGCGCCAACCCCAACGCGCUGGACGGCAACAAGGACACCCCGCUCCACUGGGCCGCCUUCAAGAACAACGCGGAGUGCGUGCGGUCGCUCCUGGAGAACGGCGCCCUGGUGAACGCCCGCGACUACAACAACGACACGCCGCUGAGCUGGGCUGCCAUGAAAGGCAACCUGGAGAGCGUGAGCAUCCUGCUCGACUUCGGAGCCGAGGUCCGAGUGGUCAAUUUGAAAGGUCAGACCCCCAUCUCGCGGCUGGUUGCGCUGCUGGUCAGAGGACUGGGCACGGAGCGUGAAGAUGCCUGCUUCGACCUUCUGCACCGGGCUAUUGGACACUUUGAGUUACGGAAAAACGGCAACAUGCCCCGGGAGGUAACCAGGGAUCAGCAACUCUGCGAAAAGCUCACCCUGCUCUGCUCUGCCCCGGGCACCCUAAAGACACUGUCUCGCUACGCCGUGCGCCGCAGCCUGGGCGUACAGUUCCUGCCGGAGGCCGUGAAGGAGCUGCCUUUGCCCGCCUCCCUGAAGGAAUACGUGUUGCUCCUUAGCUAAGCGAGAGGUGAGGCUCGGGGUUUUUUUUUGUGCUUGGCUUACAGCCCCGUUCCUCCCUGCUUCAUAGGGGCAGCGACAAUAACCAAAUUAACCACUUGGUUUGUGACUCACGGAUGCCAGACACCCCUCUCACCCCGAUGGACAGGCGCCGACCGGUCGCCAUCCUGGGUUUCCUCCUGCUCUGCUCUUCUGUCUGACCCAGCUCACUCGGGGCAGGACAGCGGGAUCUUCCCGCGCCGCUUGCAUCCGCGGAGCGGAAAGGCCCUGUGUAGUUUCUUUGCCUACUUGGCUCCUCCCAAGCUCUUCCCCUUCAGUUUCAGCCUUGAGCCACCCGCAUCCUCAUAAGACAACGUAUCCCCCUUGAACAAAUGGCAAAUUGUAUCCCAGCUGUGGGAUUAACUUUUUUUUGGAGUUGGGGCAGACCUUGGCAAGAGCAGGGUCUUUUUGGGGAGGAGAGAAGAACGGAGAAAGGAUCUUCUUCGUUUGCUAAAGGACUUGUGGCAGGAAAUCAGGAGAAGGUGUUGCAGGAAGUCCAGGGAAAAGCACACCGUGAGCUCGUGUACUGAGUCCGUAUGUUGCAUAGUGGUGUGGGCUGAUGCCUUCACUCAGAGCUAGUGCCUGCGCCUGUCCUGGCACAGCCACGGCUGCCUGAGCACAGCACCCUGCGCUCCCAACAGAUGGUGAAGAGCUUGUCUGCAGCUCCUGAUGCUUUGGGCAGGACCUUGGACUUCCUGUCAACACAUGGGAGAGGUCUUUUUCCCCUCUUCGCAAUUUUUAAGACCUGUCAGCCUUUUCAAGGGGAAGGGAGUGGGACAGAGGAGCCCCCAGUGCUUGGCAAACCAAGCACAACUCCUGGGGAUGCUGAGAGGAGCAUCUGGAUCAAGGUGCGAGUUAAGUCACGAUUUACUGUGGCUGGUGGAGCCAGGUCUGCAGCGCACCGGUCCCUGCUACUCGGUUAGGACUGAUUCCUACCAAAACACUUCUCUGGGGCAGAGAAGCCAUGGCCGCCCUGCUCUCGUUGCUCUCUGCUCUGCAAGUUUGGCAUCCUGAGGUUGUAAUUCCUGCAAACAGAAGAAAGAUUUCCCUUGCUGUGCAGAGUAGGCAGCAGGAUGAGCGCAGGAUGCUCCGUACUCCUAACCUGAGGGGUUGGCUCAUACCUACCGUGCAGUAACCUGUCUGAGUUCUUCCUUAAUUUACCAUUUUGAUUUUGCACUGCCCACUCACCAUUUCAUUGUUGAUUUUCAUUUAUGUGUGUGUAUAUAUAUUUUUGAAGGUAAUGUGUAAACGCAUUGGCAGCACGUCCGCGUGGGAAGCUGAGCAGGAAUUCCUCAGGUAGUGCCCUCUCUGUGUUUAGCAAGUUUUGCUCUCAAAGGGAGCGUUCCCAGCACGUACUGUAGCCAUGGACGGAGAGGCGAAAGGCUCCGAAGGAAGGAAAACAAGGCGAUCUCCUCUUGAAAUACUGCCAGAGCUUGCCGGGCACGGAGCCGCUGCCUGCCGUCUGGUUGUAGUGUCUCAUGUGUCCACGUCUUGUAUCCACAGAAAUAAAUGGCUCCCUGCAAGCCGUGAGCUGCG